GGUAUUUGGAAGAUGGCUGCCGCCACUGACGAAGUUGCAUUGGAAAUUCGAAAAUUACGGAAAAAAUUGCGCCAGAUCGAAAAUUUAGAACGCUCCAACAGAAACUUGUCGGAAGAGGAAGAAGCAAAAGUGGCUAAGAAGACUGACAUACGUGAGAGGUUGCUGGGAUUUCUGGCAGAACGAGCUGAAGAAGCCCCAGAUUAUCAAGGGGAUACAACAUUAGAAUCCGAGCCACACUCCAGUUUUACAUAUACACCUGCCAAUCUCAGCCCAGUGAGAGAUUAUGGCGACACAAGUUUUACUGGACAGACUAAUGAAGAGGAAGUCCAGAUGCCCAGCAGUGAUGAAAUAGUGAAAGCUAGUCCCACAACAUCUGCAGCAAAGCGCAAAGUUUUAAGCAGUGAAACUGUUGAGGCAAAACGAGAGGAACCCAACAUUUUACCCGAAAGCAAGAAGGCAAAGACAGACACAAAAAAAAGGCCUGUCACCCCCUUUGAUGCUGAGAGGAAGUGCUGGCGUCUUGCUGAGUUCCAGGUGGACUUGCUGGAAGGUCACAGUGACCUUGUAACAUCAGUGGAUACAGAUGGAAACACUGUUGUAUCAUCAAGCCGAGAUACAACGGUGAAGGUAUGGGAUGUGAAGAGUGGCCAGGAGAAGAGAAAUCUUGGGGGUCAUACAAAUACAGUGACCAGUGUCCAGCUGUUGUCCACUCAACACUCACAGGAAUUAAGUGAAGUAUUAGAAGAUGUCCUACCUGAAGACCAGUUGGUUAUCAGCGGAAGUCUGGAUUGCUCUUUGAGAAUCUGGUCUGUCAGGACAGGAAAGACUAUACGGCGCAUCUAUACCUUUGACCCCAUUACCAAGUUACAGUAUGUUCCAGAACUAAGGCUGAUAUUCACUGGCUCAGAUGGUGGGAAAAUAUCAAUGUGGGAUAUGGGAUCAGGGGAAGCUACUCAUUCUGUGCGUGCCCACCAGGAGGCUAUAACAGGUCUAAAGUUCUGCACUAGCUACCUUUACACAGCCUCUGAAGAUGGUGUGGUCAAAGUUCACGAGGUCAGGGAGCAGUCAUUAUCGUGUGUGUUUGUUUCUGAAAAUGUCCACAAGGCAGAUGGCAGUCAUUUGUCUCUACGGACUAUUCGUGACAUUGAAGUCCGAGACAACAAAGUCUUUUACGGAGAUGAUCGAGAAAAUUUGAAAGUAUUGGAUUGGAAAACAGGCACUGUCAGUAAACUGCGAAAUAAUCUAAGCGAAUUUGGUUUUACGGACGCUGUAUGUGCUGAGGCAGACAUUCUCCUGACCUCUGCAUACGACCUUGACAAUGGGCUUGCAUUUCUCAAUGUGCGGAGUUUGGCUCAGCAAGGUGAGUACCUAGCCACAUUGUCAGACGAUGACACUGGCCGCAUCUUGUGCCUGGCUGGCCACCAGGGAGCAAACCAUCACCUCAUGAUCGUGUCUGGAGGGGUGGAGGUGAAGACCUGGACAAUGACUCCAAGGAAGGGGAUGGAGGAAGACCUGGUUCCAACUCGUUACCUGACGCGUCUGUCAAGACUUGCGGUAGACUCUGACCUGGACUCUGACUUGGACGAUGUGGAGAGUGGUGAUGAGACAGAAGGUUCAGUGUCAUCACGGCAAAGGACGAAACGGCUAAGUCUGGGAAACUUAGGACCAGGGGGUGAGCCAAGUGGAUGGACGUCAUGGUGCUCACUCAUCUAGCACUGUUGGAUGGACAUCACAGUGUUGCAUUAUU